AUGGAAGACAGAGACUGGAGAAAUCAAACAGCUGUCAUGGAAUUCAUCCUCCUAGGAUUCGGGGAUCUCCCUGAACUGAAAAUUCUUCUCUUCCUGAUGUUCCUAGUGAUCUACAUUGCAACCGUGGCUGGGAACACCCUCAUUGUGGUACUCAUUGUGACUGAUCAGCAGCUUCACACCCCAAUGUACUUCUUCCUGGGCAACUUGUUCUGCUUGGAGACCUGCUACACAUCGACCAUCCUGCCCAGGAUGCUGGCCAGUCUCCUGACUGGGGACAAAACCAUCUCAUUCAUUGGCUGCUUCACACAAUUUUUUAUCUUUGGUUCUCUGGCAUGUACAGAAUGCUAUCUCCUAGCAGCAAUGUCUUAUGAUCGGUAUUUAGCGAUAUGUAAACCCCUGCACUAUUCACCUCUUAUGAAUAACAGGUUUUGCCUCCAGUUGGCUGCUGGGUCAUGGUUAAAUGGUUCUUUGGCUACUGCUAUCUUUGUCUUAUUCCUAUCACAGUUAACAUUCUGUGGCCCAAAUGAAAUUGACCAUUUCUAUUGUGAUGCCAUCCCAUUCAUGGAACUCUCCUGCAGUGACACACGCUGGAUAAUAUUGUUCCAUCUCAUACUAUCCUGUGUAUUCACCCUGCCUCCGUUCCUACUAACCCUGACAUCCUACGUGUGUAUCAUUGCCAGCAUCCUGAGAAUCCCUUCCACCAUAGGGAGACAAAAGGCCUUUUUUACCUGCUCCUCCCAUCUCAUUGUGGUGACAAUUUACUAUGGUACCCUAAUGAUUGUCUACGUGCUUCCAAAACACAAUACAUUAAGCCUCCUAAACAAAGUACUGUCUCUUUCCUACACAGUCAUGACUCCCCUGGUAAAUCCCCUCAUCUACAGCCUGAGAAACAGAGAGGUUAAGGAUGCCUUGAGCAAAGCAGUCAGUAAAUAUGUGGCUUUCACAAAAACAUGCUGA